AUGUCAGAUCAACCCCCAUCACCACAACAGGAUUCUUUAACAUCAGUAACGCAACAACAACAACAAAAUGCAAGUCUUUCAUCCUACCCUGAAUCAGCGUAUCCUGACCCUCAACAGCAAGCCGAGUUUUAUCGUCACCCACCGAGGCUAAAUUCUCUGGGGACUAGUGGGAGCACAAUCACCCAGGAUAGCACAAUCGCUUUAUCACCGAGCGAAGCCGACUCCUCCGCCAAUCUCCAACUACAACAACUACUACUACAGCAACCGCAACCGCAACCGCAGUCACAGUCACAGUCACAACAGCAGCAGCAGCAGCGAACAUCCGUGGAUCCCACAGAUUACCUUCGAAAAAAGAGAGCCCGAGUACUGAAGGCUUGUGUGUUUUGCAGACAAAAAAAGACGAGAUGUCUGGGUGGACACCCUUGCUCCAACUGUCUCCAGAACAACAAUGGCGACUGCGUGUACCCCAGUGACGCCGAGAGGAAAUCUAGAGUUUCGAGAUCUGUGACUUCGGGCUCCUCGGGUAAAAUAGGUAAAAACAAAGCCAUCAAGGAGUUGGAUGGAAGACUUUUGAAUAUUGAAAGCUUACUAGUUGACUUGGCACGAGAUCUUCGGCAUCCGGGUAAUAGUGGUGGCCGUAAUAAUAGUAGUAGUGCUCGAGCUGGCCAUGCUUCUUCGGCGUUGGCCAAUUCCGCUCGUGUGAAAGCGAGCAGCAACACCUCAUCGUCAUCUGUUCUUCAAGACAUUGAGGAGAGGUCUGCAGAAGUGGAUGACCAGAUGGGUGAUGAAAGCGAACUUGCUAAAGGAGGAGUAGAAGAUGACGAAGAAGAAGAAGAUGAAGUUGAUGUCGAUGUCGACGAUGACGACGAUGAUGAAGACGAGCCGGGGAUACCACUGUUGAAGAAUCGUUUUGGAUCCCACUCCGUGUUUAGCUUCUUUUCCAAAUCUUCCGUCGAGCAAUUUUUCCAAUCAUUGGGACCAGGGUACAAUAACGAGAUGAACAGCAUCAUCAAGUUCUCCAAUGUUUACAAUUAUUACGCGCUGGCGUUUCUAGAUUCGAUAUCGCAGCCUAUCCAGACCAGUAUGGCUCAAAAGACUGAUUUGAUGGACAACACUUUUUCCAGUGCCGAGUUGCCGUUGGAGCUUUUGGACAGGUUUGAAGAAAUAUACAUGGUGUCAUACAUUUGUGAAACGAGCUACAUCAGGGAACUUUUCGAGCAAUAUUUUCAAAACAAGAGGCAAAUCCCCUGCAAAGGCCCCAACUCGAAAUUGAGACCUUUUAGCUGGUCAGAGUUGAUGAUCAUGGUUUGCCUGGUUGGCUUGGCAAUCUCAGUGGUUGUUGAUGAACGAAACAGGGUGCGCAAGGCUAGCAAAUCGACCGGUAAAGCAGUUCAAGCUUUAAGCGAUCAGGAGUUGAUUGAAUUGGACUCGAAAUGCUUUUUUGCCAUGAUUUUUUAUUACCAUAGAGUCACCUGGUGGGAAGGAAGUGUGGUGGAUAUCCAAGCCAUAUUGUUAUUUUUCAUUUAUGCCGAGCUGGUCAUGUCAGUGUUGAAAUUCAACUAUAUUCCCUUAUCGAUCGCCACGCGUGCUGCCGAGGCCAUUGGCUUGCAAAGAAAAGAAACCUAUGACCAACUUAGCUGGCAAGAGAAGCAGAUGCGGAAAACCAUUUGGUGGUUUUGCGAGUACUAUGAAGUCAUGAAUAGUUUCCGGAAUGGACAACCACCGCUCAUCCAAUCGCAUGAUUUGACGAGCUUCGAUGAGAGCGAUCGAUCGAUUCAGACCAUUAUGCUGUCGAAUAUCGACCUCAUUCGUGCCUUGUGGGAAGAUCCCCCCAUCGACGAGUCGUAUCUUCAAGAGCUCAAGGAGAAAAAAGCCCUCCAUAAUUGCGCAGCUUUUUUCUUGCACCACCUAACCAGGGUCCGGGUCAGGAUGUACGAGAAAAUCUUCAGCAACAAGGCACGCGAUAAAAGCUACGUGCAAAUACUCAAAGAGGUUGAAAAGAUCAAUCAAGAGCUACUGGAUUUGAGGGCAUUGGCAGAGCCGCCGAUUACCGUUUGCUUUUACGACGAAGACGGGUUUCUUUUCAAACCUGAAAACAAGCCAUUGGAGCAGAUUUUAACUGUUGAUUCGGGGUAUGAGAACUUGAUAUCUAUGUACUACAACUUCUAUUUGCUGUUGAUGACGGCAAACAGAGUUGUAUUACAGAAUCUACCGUCAGGUGACGAAUAUGCCCAGCUACGCAAGAGGCGUGACGAGUGCAAGUUUAUCUCGAUGCAAAGCGCACGAACCAUUUUGCACAUUGCAAAGAGCUACAACUUGAAAACGACCUUAAUCUCGAGCUAUUCGAUGUUAUUGUACUAUCCAUUUGCUGCUUUUUUGCACUUGAUAUGCAUCUGGCUUGAAAACCCCAAUUCCAUUGAGGCCGAAGACGAUAUCAAAUUGUUGCUUGAUAUUUCAAUCAAUUUCUUCAGCUACAAGCCCAGGGCAAAGUCAAUUAAAAUCAAACAUCAUUGCGUUCGACAAUUUGUUUAUGACUUUAUUUCGAAAACACUUCUUAAGAUGUAUUUGAAAGCGUGUGACAAGGAAGUUAGCGAUCGAAUCUUGUCCAAGUAUAGAAAUCUACGCAAACAUUUGGAUUUAGAAGUUCAGUUCCCAGAUAUCUAUGUUGACGAUCAUGAGUUGGGCGUCAAACCGCACAUGACCGCCGAAAUUUUUUGGAAAUGGUUUACUCCAUAUGAGUUAGCCUCCAAAGCCAGCGAACCUGCUAGUCAAGCCAAUGAAAUGCCAAUCAACCACGCCACCAGCGUCGCCGAUGUAAUGAUGAGCCGAAAAGAAGCAAGUGCCAGCGGCAGUGGCAGCGGCAGUGGCAGCGGCAGCGGCAUUAGCAGCGGCAAUGUAAGCAGCAGUAGCAACAGCAACAGCAACAGCAGCAAUAGUACGUCUGGCAAUGCAAGCAACAACUCAAAAAAGAUGAUGGAGCGCAAGAUUGAUAGCAUGUUGAAACAUGCCAUCUCGCCGCUGAGCUCGACCCAAGCGCGUUCGCAAGAGUACGAGGAUCAAUUGACCGAUAUGGCUUAUCAUCAGCAACAACAGCAGAUCCCGCAACAUUACCCCCACCCUCAAUCGAUUCGCUCAAAGGAAGAAGAGCAGCAGAGGAUCUUGGAGCAAGAACUUCAACAACGACAACGGCAGCAGAGACAACUGCAAAGGGAACUCGAAGCAGCGCAAUCUGCCCAACAACAACAACAACAACAACAACAGCAACAGCAGCAACAGCAACAACGUCACCAUCAGCACCAGCAACACCAACAACAACAAGCUCAGCAACAGCCACCAAAUGCAAUUUCUUCAUUUAAUCAACGGUACCUGACCUCGCCUGUACUUCACCAGCCACAACCUCCACCACAGCUUCAACAAAUGGGGCAACGGCCACCCCCACAGCCGCAACCAUUAUACAACCAAGAUCUCACCAACGCAGCAGCGUUUGCCAAUUCAUAUCAUCAACAAAUGUCAGCACCAGUACGACACUUUGACCCAAACUUCAGUCUGCCUCCCCUACAACAACAGCAUCACCAACACCCACAUCAGCAAGCUCCGCCAUCAAUAUAUAAUCACCAAAUGACCCCCUCUGGACUCGGCCCCGGCCCUGGCCCUACUCCACAACUACAACCACAACCUCAGCCGCAACAACAACAACCACAACCGCAACCACAACAACCACAAGAACCAAGCUCAGACCCAUACUCCAACCUAUUCGAAGACGCCACCAACUUGGAAUUCCAGGAUCUUCUCGACAACUACAACGAGCAACAACAAGGGAUCCUAGACCCGAAACGCACCAGCAUCGGCAGCGGCCUCAGUGGCAUUGGCGACGUUAGCGCCGCGAGCUCGAGCGCCGCCGCUGCUACUAAGAGAGGCCGCAACUCCAGCAGUGGCUCACGCCGUGGCGAUGGGUCCAGCAAGAGGAAAUCGAAACGAUCUUCUUGA